AUGUCCGACUCUGCAGUGGCAACAACCGCGCCAGUUCAGAAUAAGGUGGCCGCCAAAAAGGCAUCUGGUUCAAGAGCUACCAAGGCCAAGAAGGCAGCAGUUCCACCAUCACAUCCGCCUACUCAACAAAUGGUGGAUGCUUCCAUCAAGAACUUAAAGGAUUGUGAUGGCUCAUCGCUUUUAGCAAUCAAGAAAUAUAUCACUGCCAACUACAAAUGCGACGCCCAGACACUGGCUCCAUUCAUCAAGAAGUGCUUGAAGUCCGCAGUGGCCAAUGGAAAGCUGAUCCAAACAAAGGGAAAGGGUGCGUCUGGUUCCUUCAAACUGUCGGCCUCUGCCAAAACGGAGCCCAAGCCAAAGGUUGCGGCUGCUGAGAAAAAAGUCAAAAGCAAGAAGGUAGUCACCAAGGAAGCCGAAGCCACCGCAAAGAAAGCCGCCGGAGCUGCUGACAAGAAACCCAAGGCUAAGAAGACCGUUGCCACCAAGAAGACUGCCGAGAAGAAGAAAACUGAUAAGGCAAAGGCCAAGGAUGCCAAGAAAACUGGAGUCGUAAAGGCAAAGCCAGCAGCAGCAAAGGCUAAGCCGGCCGCCGCGAAGCCAAAGGCAGCGAAGGCACCGAAGGCCAAGGCAGCAUCGUCCGCCAAGCCCAAGAAGGCAGUGAAGAAAGCAACUGCUCCAGCUACCGCUAAGAAGCCGAAAGCCAAGACCACGGCGUCGAAGAAGUAAAUUAAGAUAAUCUUAAUUAUCGCAAUUUUAGAUUUCGAAAUCUGAAAUUUGAAAUUGAUUUAAACAAGCCCUUUUCA